AUGAAAACUUCAGACUCACAGACUGUCCUGGUUGGUCACCUUGUCUUGGGUGAGAGCAACCGAGCUACAACAUUAUAUAGAUUCCAUCAAGCAUAUCAGUGCCACCAGAUUAAGGAGUGGGUCUUCAGCCCAGGACCCCAAGGACGCCCAAACCAGAUUCCCAAUAUUAUCACCUGGGAAUCUCUGGGCCAGGACCCACCUGCUUGGGUCUCCCCCUUUUUCUCCCUGCAGCCCUCUGCUCCUCAACCUCCUCCCCCCUCCACCCUUUUGCAACCUACCCCUGGUCCCUAUGCCUCCCUCAAACCCCAACCUGCCCACCUUUAUCCUGUCCUGGAGAGACCUAAGCCCAAGCCUAUAACCCCCAAGCUGGUCCUCCCUCCCUCAGAGGGACCACUCAUAGACCUCCUAACAGAGGACCCCCCGCCAUAUCAGCCUCCACCAGCCCUGGCAGGAGAUGAGGAAGGACAUCAUGAACACGAGGACAAGGAACUGGGAGAUGAGACUGCUCUGGACAGCACUACCACGGCUGGAGCAGCAGGAGGAGAAUCCCCUCUGAGUCGCCUCCUUUGGGGGCGUCAUGACCCCAGAGAACCUGUCUCCCAAGCCUUCCACCUGAGACAGGGAGGGAAUGGCCAGAUUCAAUAUUGGCCAUUCUCUGCUUCCGAUUUGUAUAAUUGGAAGAACCAUAACCUGUCCUUUUCGAAGGACCCUGCUGCCCUCAUGGCCCUAAUAGAGUCUAUUCUUACAACCCAUCAACCCACUUGGGAUGAUUGCCAACAACUCUUGCAUGCUCUACUGACCUCAGAGGAAAAACAGUGCAUUUUCCUUGAGGCACGCAAGAAUGUUCCAGGGGCUGACGGGGCCCCAACCCAACUCCCCAAUGAGAUUGACACCACCUUCCCUCUCACCCGGCCAGACUGGGACUUUAACACCAAUGCAGGUAGGGAGCGUCUCCGUCACUACUGCCAGCUCCUCAUUGUGGGCCUCCGAGGCGCUGGGUGCCAACCUACCAAUUUGGCCUAGGUAAGAACAGUCACACAGGGUUUAGAGGAAAUGCCAGCCACCUUUCUAGAGGAGCUGAUGGAAGCCUACUGGAUGUACACCCCCUAUGAUCCAAUGAGUCCAGACCAGCGGGGCAAUGUUUCCAUGGCUUUCAUUUGGCAGUCUGCUCCAGACAUCAGAAAUAAGUUACAGAGGCUAGAAGGACUGCAGGGUUACACCCUUCAGGACCUCAUGAAAGAGGCAGAAAAGAUAUUUAAUAAGAGGAAAACUCCAGAAGAAAAAGAAGAAAGAUUGCAUAGGCUACAGGAAGAAAGGGAAGAUAGACUCAAAAAGGAAAUAGAAGAUAGAGAAGACAAGAGGGAAAGGAGAUGAACUAGGGAAUUAAGCAAGAUCUUGGCCACUGUAGCUAACCAGACUAAGCCAGAAGCAGGGAGAUCAGAUAGAAUGGGAGACAGAAGGGGGCCACGGGUAGACAAGGACCAAUGUGCCUACUGUAAAGAGAAAGGACAUUGGGUCAAAGACUGUCCUAAGAGAUCCAAAAAUCCCAGGAAGCCACCAGCCCAAUUGCUGGCCUUAGAUGAAGAUAGGCCAGUCAGGGCCAGGAGCCCCCCUCCCGAGCCCUGGAUAACCCUGCAAGUAGGGGGGCAACCAGUCACCUUCCUAGUAGACACCAGAGCCCAACAUUCAGUCCUAACUAGAGCAGACAGCCCAUUGAGCAGCCGAAUAACUUGGGUCCAAGAGGCCACUGGAGGGAAACAAUACCGUUGGACCACUGAAAGGAAAGUGCUCUUGGUGACGGGUAAGGUGACCCAUUCCUUCCUCCAUGUACUUGACCGUCCUUAUCCCCUACUGGGGAGGGAUCUGCUUACAAAGAUGAGGUCUCAAAUUCAUUUUUAAAAAGAAGGGGCCUCGAUACCUGGACUGAAAGGUGAGCCCCUCCAUAUAUUAAUCUUGAGACUUGAAGAUGAAUAUAAGCUGUUUGAAAAAUUACCCCCGGAAAAUAUGGAGGCUCAUUGGAUUGAGGAUUAUCCUCAGGCAUGGGCAGAGACAGGGGGCAUGGGGCUAGUCUCUCAGCAGCCCUUAUUGAUGAUACCCCUGAAGGCCACUGCCGCCCCAGUCCCCAUCAAGCAGUAUUCCAUGUCUCAGGAGGCAUACUAGGGGAUCAAAACCCACAUCAAGAGACUCUUAGACCAAGGAAUAUUAACCCCCUACCAGUCUCCAUGGAAUACCCCUCUACUCCCUAUGAAAAAGCCUGGCACCAGAGAUUACCUUCCAGUGCAGGACCUAAGGGAUGUUAACAAAUGGGUAGAGGACAUACACCCGACAGUGCCCAACCCGUAUAACUUGCUAAGCACAUUGCCUCCAACCCACUCUUGGUAUACCAUCUUAGAUUUGAAAGAUGCAUUCUUUUGCCUAAAGCUGAGCCCCCAAAGCCAGUCCUUGCUUGCCUUUGAAUGGAAGGACCCAGAAGAGGGGAUCUUGGGACAACUGACUUGGACCAGGCUACCUCAGGGCUUCAAGAACAGCCCAACUCUAUUCGACGAGGCCCUCCAUCAAGAUCUGGCUGCCUUCCGGAAACAACACCCGGACCUGAUCUUGCUCCAAUAUGUGGAUGACCUGCUCCUGACAGCCUCGACCAAGGAAGGAUCCAUAAGAGGUACACAGGCCCUUCCAACCUUGGGUGAAUCAGGCUAUUGGGCCUCGGCCAAAAAGGCCCAAAUAUGUAGGACCAGAGUGACUUACUUGGGCUAUCAGCUAGAGAAUGGACAGAGAUGGCUCACGGAAGCCAGAAAAGAGACUAUUGCUCGCAUUCUGCCCCCUAAAAAUGCCAGGCAACUCCGAGAAUUCCUAGGUACUACAGGGUUCAGCAGACUUUGGAUUCCAGGCUUCACAGAAAUUGCAGCCCCUUUGCAUCCCCUAACCAAAAAUAAAGCCCCUUUUGAUUGGGCUGAGGAACAUCAGCGGGCCUUUGAUACCAUUAAAAGGUCCUUGCUCUCUGCCCCAGCCCUGGGACUGCCAGAUGUUACCAAGCCCUUUGAACUUUUCAUAGACGAAAAACAAGGGUUUGCAAAGGGAGUCCUCACUCAAAAACUGGGGCCAUGGAGGAGGCCUAUAGCUUACCUCUCUAAGAAACUGGAUCUGGUGGCCUCGGGAUGGCCCCCUUGUCUGAGGAUGAUAGCUGCCAUAGCUAUGCUCAUAAAGGAUGCUGGAAAACUGACUCUGGGACAGCCCCUCACCAUUUUCACCCCUCAUGCAGUUGAGUCACUCAUUCGCCAGCCAUCAAACCACUGGCUCUCCAAUGCCAGAAUGACUCAUUAUCAGUCACUUCUGCUGGAUAUGGACAGGGUCCGCUUCGGCCCAGCAGUCAUCCUGAAUCCUGCCACAUUGCUCCCCACUCCAGAGGGGCCAACCCCUCAUGAUUGCCAACAAAUCCUUGUGAAAAUGCAUGGAACCCGGCCGGACCUGACAGACCAACCCCUGAAAGGGGCUGACUUGACCUGGUACACUGACGGAAGCAGUUACCUCCUCAACAGAGAAAGGAAGGCUGGAGCAGCAAUAGUGGAUGGAAAGCAGGUAAUCUGCGCCAGCGCCCUGCCACCGGGAACUUCAGCUCAGUGGGUGGAGCUCAUCAUCACCCAAGCCCUACAGCUGGCAGAAGGUAAAGAACUCAACGUCUAUACCGAUAGCUGCUAUGCUUUUGCCACCACUCAUAUUCAUGGGGAAAUAUAUCGGAGGAGGGGUCUUCCAACCUCAGAAGGAAAGGACAUUAAAAACAAGGCUGAAAUCUUGGCCCUGCUUAAAGCCUUAUUUCUCCCUAAGAGACUAAGUAUUAUACAUUGCCCUGGACAUCAGAAAGGGGAGACUGAGACAAUUAAAGAAAACUGCCUGGCAGAUGAAAUGGCUAAGCAGGCAGCCCUAGGCCCUCAGCUCUUGACAAUGAACAUCCUGCUCAGCAGACAGGAAAUGGGUAGCUAUAUACCCAAGAAAGAGACCCUGAUACAACAAAUUGUCAGCAAUUGCAAAGCCUGUGCCGAAGUGAAUGCUGGCAAAGAAAACAGGCCACCUGGACUCAGACUCAGGGGGCAUAGGCCUGGGAUCCAUUGGGAAAUAGAUUUUACUGAAGUUAAGCCUGGCAUGAAUGGUUAUCGGUAUCUGUUAGUUUUUAUAGAAACCUUUUCAGGAUGGGUUGAAGCCUUCCCUACCAAAAACGAAACUGCACAGAUUGUUGUUAAGAAGUUCUUGGAAGGGCUGGAGAAAUGGCUCAGAGAAAUCUUCCCACGGUAUGGACUACCCAAGGUACUUGGGACUGAUAAUGGUCCUGCCUUUGUCUCCCAGAUAAGUCAGUUAGUGGCCAAGUUUCUGGGGAUUGAUUGGAAACUGCAUUGUGCCUAUAGACCCCAGAGCUCAGGGCAGGUAGAAAGAAUAAAUAGAACAAUUAAGGAGGUUUUAACUAAACUAAUGCUCAAGACUGGCGCUAGGGACUGGGUACAGCUCCUACCCCUAGCAUUGUAUCGAGCUAGGAACACCCCUGGCCCACAUGGAUUAACUCCUUUUGAUAUUUUAUAUGGAGGCCCACCUCCAGCUAUAGCCUUUUUUGAUUCUGAUAUUGCUAAUUAUGCAACCUCCCCCACUUUGCAGGCUCACUUGCAAGCCCUCCAGCUGGUACAACAGGAGAUCUGGAAUCCCUUAGUGGUAGCCAACAAGGACUCAGACCAGUCUCCUAUCAUACCACACCCCUUCAAAAUAGGCGAUAGCGUCUGGGUCCGACCCCAUCAGACCAAGACUCUGGAGCCUCGGUGGAAGGGACCAUACACCAUUCUCCUCACCACCCCAACAGCCCUAAAGGUGGACAGAAUUGCAGCCUGGAUCCACGCCUUGCACGCUAAAGCAGCCCGAGCAGGACAGUUCACUGACACUCCAGACCUGAAAUCCUCAUGGAAACUUCAAUGCUCUCAAAACCCCCUAAAAAUAAGGCUUGUUCACUCUUAA